AGGAAGAGAGAAUUGGAGCAAGUAUCUUCCCUCUUUUAGAUGCAUCUGUGGUGGAGGCGACUUGGUUCAUUUAAUAGAUGUGCUACCCCAAGGACUCACCUGAGAGUUCCUGAACUGGAGCCGAACUUCAAUAGCAGUUGACCAUGAAAGACACCAGGUUGACGGCACUGGAAACUGAAGUACCAUUUGUCCCCAGAACAGUCUGGUAGUGGCCCCAAUGAAGAGCUUUUGGAAUCUUUGACACACAUCCUGGAGCCGGCGCGGUGCAUUUGUGCAGGAGGAUGGCCCAACAGGCGAAUGUUGGGGAGCUGCUCUCCAUGCUGGAUUCCCCCCUGCUGGGCACAAGAGAUGAUGUGACGGCUGCCUUUAAAGAGAACCUCAGUUCUGACCGUGGUCCUAUGCUUGUAAACACGUUGGUGGAUUAUUACCUAGAAACCAGCUCGCAGACGGUGUUGCACAUCCUGACUACCUUGCAAGAGCCACAUGAUAAGCACCUCUUGGACAAAAUCAAUGAAUAUGUGGGCAAAGCCACCACUCGUUUAUCCAUCCUCUCGUUACUGGGGCAUGUCAUCAGACUACAGCCAUCGUGGAAGCAUAAGCUCUCUCAAGCACCUCUUUUGCCUUCUUUACUAAAAUGUCUCAAGAUGGACUCCGACGUGGUCGUCCUCACAACGGGUGUCUUGGUGUUGAUAACCUUGCUACCAAUGAUUCCACAGUCCGGGAAACAGCACCUUCUUGAUUUCUUUGACAUUUUUGGCCGCCUUUCAUCUUGGUGCCUGAAGAAACCAGGCCACGUGGCAGAGGUCUAUCUCGUCCAUCUCCAUGCCAGUGUUUAUGCGCUCUUUCACCGCCUGUACGGAAUGUACCCUUGCAACUUUGUCUCCUUUCUGCGUUCUCACUACAGUAUGAAAGAAAACCUGGAGACUUUUGAAGAAGUGGUCAAGCCAAUGAUGGAGCAUGUGCGAAUUCAUCCGGAAUUAGUGACUGGAUCCAAGGACCAUGAACUGGACCCUCGAAGGUGGAAGAGAUUAGAAACUCAUGAUGUCGUAAUAGAGUGUGCCAAAAUCUCUCUGGACCCUACAGAAGCCUCAUGUGAAGAUGGCUAUUCUGUGUCGCACCAAAUCUCAGCCUCCUUUCCUCCUCGUUCAGCUGAUGUCACCGCCAGCCCUUAUGUUGACACACAGAAUAGCUAUGGGAGUGUUACUUCCACCCCUUACCCUACUUCUCGGCUGACGUUAAACGCGCCAGGGCAGCUACCUCAGACUCUGAGUUCCCCAUCGACACGGCUGACAACUGAGCCGCCACAAGCUACUCUGUGGAGCCCAUCUCUGGUUUGUGGUAUGACCACUCCUCCAACUUCCCCUGGAAACGUCCCUGCUGACUUGUCACACCCUUACAGCAAAGUCUUUGGUACACCCGGUGGAAAAGGAACUCCACUGGGAACCCCUGCCACCUCUCCUCCUCCAGUCCCACUCUGCCAUUCGGAGGACAAUGUGCACAUUUCACACUCUCGGCCCACAGCCAUGCCCCCUCGGAAGGAAGAGAGAACAGAUUCUGCAAGGCCAUGUUUACACAGACAACACCAUCUUCCGAAUGACAGAGGAUUAGAAGAGCCACUUAGCAGCAAAGGUUCUGUCCCUCUGAGUGACCUUCCAGGGUUUCUAGGUGACCUGGCCUUUGAAGAAGACAGUAUUGAGAAAGAUAAAGAAGAAGCUGCAAUAUCUAAAGAACUUUCUGAGAUCACUACACCAGAAGCCGAGCCUGUGGUUCCUCGAGGAGGCUUUGAUUCUCCCUUCUACCGAGACCUGGGUUCUCAGCGGAAGACUCAUUCAGCAGCCUCCAGUGCUCAGGGCACUGGCGUGAACCCUGAGCCUUUGCACUCCUCCCUGGACAAGCUUGGGCCUGACACACCAAAGCAAGCCUUUACCCCUAUAGACCUCCCCUGUGGCAGAGCUGACGAAAGCCCUGCUGGGGUCAGGGAAUGCCAGACUUCUUUGGAGACCAAUAUCUUCACUCCCAGCCCUUGUAAAAUUCCACCUCAGAAGGGAAUGGGCUUUGGAAGUAGGCAGCCUCCCCCUUAUGAUCAUCUUUUUGAGGUGGCAUUGCCAAAAACUGCCCAUCAUUUUAUCAGCAAGAAGACUGAGGAACUGCUAAGGAAAGCAAAAGGAAACACAGAGGAAGGCUUCAUCCCCACUACCUCCCCGUUGGAAGUACUGGACAGACUGAUAGAGCAGGGAGCAGAUGCACACGGCAAGGAACUCAGCAAGUUGUCUUUACCCAGCAAGUCUGUCGACUGGACCCACUUUGGAGGCUCUCCUCCCUCAGAUGAGAUCCGCACCCUCCGAGACCAGCUCCUUUUACUGCACAACCAGUUACUCUAUGAGCGUUUUAAGAGGCAACAGCAUGCUCUUCGGAACAGGCGGCUCCUCCGGAAGGUGAUCAAGGCGGCUGCUCUAGAGGAGCACAACGCUGCCAUGAAAGAUCAGUUGAAAUUACAAGAGAAAGAAAUCCAGGUGUGGAAGGUUAGUCUGCAGAAAGAACAAGCCAGAUACAGUCAGCUUCAGGAGCAGCGUGACAGUGUGGUGACCCACCUCCACAGCCAGAUCAGACAGCUACAGCACGACCGGGAAGAGUUCUACAACCAGAGCCAGGAGCUACAGACAAAGCUGGAGGACUGCAGGAACAUGAUCGCGGAGCUGCGGGUGGAGCUGAAGAAGGCCAACAGCAAGGUGUGUCACACCGAGCUCCAGCUCAGCCAGGUCUCUCAGAAGCUCUCAAAUAGUGAGUCCGUCCAGCAGCAGAUGGAGUUCUUGAACAGGCAGCUGCUGGUUCUCGGGGAGGUCAAUGAGCUAUACUUGGAACAACUGCAGAACAAGCAUUCAGACACCACAAAGGAAGUAGAAAUGAUGAAAGCAGCAUACAGGAAAGAAUUAGAAAAAAACAGAAGCCAUGUUCUCCAGCAGAAUCAGAGGCUUGAUACUGCUCAGAAACGGAUAUUAGAACUGGAAUCUCAUCUGGCUAAGAAAGACCACCUUCUUUUGGAACAGAAGAAAUAUUUAGAGGAUGUCAAACUCCAGGCAAGAGGACAGCUGCAGGCCGCAGAGAGCAGGUAUGAGGCUCAGAAAAGGAUCACUCAGGUGUUUGAAUUGGAGAUCUUAGAUCUGUACAGCAGACUAGAGAAAGAUGGCCUCCUGAAGAAACUUGAAGAAGAAAAAAUGGAAGCAGCUGAAGCAGCAGAAGAAAGGCUUGACUGUUGUGAUGAUGGCUGCUCGGAUUCCGUGGUGGGGCACAAUGAAGAGGCCUCUGGCUACAACGGUGAGACCAAGACCCCCAGGCCUGGCAGCACCCGCGGCAGCAGCGGCAGCAGCCAGCUUUCUACCCCCGAGAAACCCCCAAACCAGAGGGCAGGGCCAUUCAGCAGUCGGUGGGAUAGUGCCAUGGGAGAGCCCUCUGCCAGCAUCCCAACUACUGUCGGCUCACUUCCCAGUUCAAAAAGCUUCCUGGGUAUGAAGGCCCGAGAGUUAUUUCGUAAUAAGAGUGAGAGCCAGUGUGACGAGGACGGCUUGACCAUCAGUAGCCUUUCUGAAACCCUAAAGACAGAACCGGGCAAAGACUCAGGUGUGGAAGUCAAGACUCCCCUGAACCGAGAUGGCCCGCACCCAUCCCCCCCAACCCCAGACAGUGUUGGACAGCUACGUAUCAUGGACUACAAUGAGACCCAUCCUGAGCACAGUUGAGGGUGAGGGCCAGUCACUGUUACUGUGUGUAUUGUUGGCAUAGGACAGGAGGUGUGAGUGCACGUUUCAAAGCUUUCCUGUCCCAGGGUCUGAGUGGUGGGUUCACGUGGUGGAAGUGGGAUGAGGGUCCUUUGACAGCUGAUAGAAUGCAGAACGGUUUUGGAUCUAGCAUGGAAAUGCCUCUUAACCCUUCCCCUUGACCCACCCCAAGCCUCUCUUUCAUUUACCUAGCAGUGUACUAAUCCGAGGGCCAGUUUGCGUUCCUCGGUAGCUUUAUUUUCUUCCUCUUCCCCUAAAAUGGUUGCGUCCUUUGAACCUGUGCAAUAUGAGGCCAAAUUUACUCUUCGAGUCUAACAUACCACUUCCUGUUUCCCUGAGGCUCAGAUAACUGGGCGGGCCUUCCGUUAGACCAGGCAGUUGUGGCAGCGCAACCCAGUCUGGCUUUGUCCCUUUCCCGGAGGACGUGGCCUGCGAAGCUGAUUGUCUCUACAUGAACACUUUUAUGUGAGACUCUCGCCUGCUUUUUGAUGCUGAAGUUCAGUAUCAAAAGUGGCAGAUCUAGAAAAACAGUGGUUUUUUUUUUUUUCCUCUUGCAUUCUUUUGGUGAUUCUGAUAAGCUUCCUAGAAAGUUCUGUGUGAACAUAAGCCUGUUUGAAGAAUCCAGAGCUGUCACUGUGGAGACCAUCCUUUGGGGAAGCUCUCAUCCCUUCUUCCCCCACUACCUCUUAUUUAUUUGGUGUUUGCUUGAAUGCUGGUACUAUUCUGACCGCAGGCUAGUGUGGGGGUGGUAAAACCUGCUCUCUGCAGGGGCCAAGGAGUGGUCACUUGGAGACGCUGCUGCCACCAAGAACUCUUGUGCUCGAGGACCCCCCUCGGGUGAGCCCGUCUGGCUGAGCCUCAGUCCCACCCUCUCCUGUCUGUUUGCCUCCGUCUGUGUCCACACGUCCUCUUGUUUAUGUCAUCUCUUUGUGACACUGUGGCAAAGAGGCUCUGAAGGUCCAAAGAGUUUCUUCAAGUUUAUGUGACAUCGUUGUCAGGCUGUUAGUGUUGCCUCAUACAGUAGGUUCUAGGCCGGAGCUUUUUCAUACCAAUUCCAGCUUUCAUAGCCCGACUCUCUAAGGAGCUUAAUUUCGUCACAUUCUCCCACGUUAGUGAUAGCAGAGCAAUGGGAGAAUGUUGACAAAGGCUGUGUGUGCCCACAGGGCUGUCCCCACAUGCUCCUGAGAGUGACUCUCAGAACACUGGCGAUGGCAGAGAAUCCCGCUGAGCAGAUGCUCCUGAAAUAAACGAUAGAAGCCUAAGAGCCGUCUCCUGGUGUCUAGCCAAGGCGAGGAGAGUGGGUGGGGAAGAGCUGGUAGUCCCAGUUUUCCUACUUCUGUUCUUUUAGUAAAAACAAUAAAAGGGUUCAGUCAUAAAGAAGUAAAAGGAACUGUAAUGGUACAAAAUUUUACUGUAUAUGGAAGCUUCCAACACAUGAGGGUAAGUCUUUUCUUUCUCUAAAUGUGGCAAUAGGUAUUCUAGCAUUCCCAACUAAAGAGAAAGAGUCCAUGUUACCAUGGCUGUACUGGCAGGAGACCUGUCCACAGCAGACUUUGUGGCUGUGACCGAUUAUAUCCCUCCCUGCCCCCACCCUCAGCCCAGCACCAGCUGGCCUGGCCACUGGAUGGCCAGUGUGGAGUGUUAGUGCUGCCACACAUUUAAUUCAGCUUUGUCCAAAGGAAAGCUUGAAAUCCAAUAUGUCCUAGUUUCCUGGUUCGGUUUUAGAAAAGGAAAAUGUGAAUAAAUGCAGAAAGGGAACAAAAUGUCAUAGGUUAACUAUCAAAGCUGGCUUUAAUUGCUUUUCCCUCCUCAAGCCUGAGAGAUCUGUGCCACGAAACAAAGAUAUCAGGCCUUAACUGGCAAAGGAAAGAUGCCAAUGUAGAAAAGAUAAAACAAAAAAUUUUUAAACUGGUAGAGUAUAAAGAUGCAGGGAAGAAAGGAGCCAGUGUGGUGUAGUGGACCAGGGGACCGAGGCCUCUGCGCCCAGGCCCUCGGCACUCCCUGCUGCCUGGCUGUCCCUUCUCUCAGCUUUACAACCAGGGCGACCAGGUAAGCUCCAGCUGAGGUGCCUUUGAGUUCCAGGAGGCUGUGGGUUUUAUUCAACCAAGGUUGGGGGAUUGAGGUGCAGAGUUGCAUUGAAGUUAUCCAGCCUAAUAAUGUAGGCUCUUAUGUUGCAGAGGACUCCAGGUCAACAGUAAGGUUUUAUUAAUAUUGGUUUUUAGAAUGAUAAGCCCAUCAGGAGUCCAGGGGGCACUUGAUUUACUGUAGCGGGUCAUUUUAGGAUGGAAAGGGGGUGGUAGAAGGACUCUCAGGAGGCAGUUCAGGCUGGGCAAAGGCAUUAGAAUCAUUAUUGUCAAGGCAGAACCUGUCUUGAAACUGAUCAAGUAGCUUUGUAUCAUAGAUGUUGGGAUUGGACAGGUCGCAUCCAGAACUCACCAUGAGCAAGUGGACCAGUCCAGAGGUGUCUGGCCCUUGUCAUAACCUACUCCCAUUCCCACCUGACACUACCCAGUGUCAGAGAAGACACUACCCAGAAUAGAGAAGAUGAGUCUAUUUCUUGUGCAGCAUGGAGUUUUUUGAAAGGAACACCGUGGCAUUGGGGUCAGGGCAAUAACAAGGUGCAGAGAAAGUGAGGUCCUCAGUCUCUACAGGUGAAGAAGCACAUGGAUCUCUAUUUGACAGAACUUUUAGGGAUUUUUAAAAAGUUUUGACAAGGUUCUGCCAUGAAGUCUAUAAAAAUUGUUACUGUGGAAUUGGAAGAAAUAUGUGGUCGUGAAUAUAAGAAAACUGACUGAACCGAAAGGUAGGAAGUCAAGGUCAUUUCUUGGAUCAAGAGGUUUUAAAACGUGUGCUAGGACCAGUGUUACUAAGGCUGGUAGGCAGAAGGUGACUUUGUUGGGUUUGCAGAGUUUUUCAGGAGAGAAAACUGCCCAACUUUGGGGAAUGAGCUGCAGAAGGUUCUUAUGAGGCUCUGUGAGUGGAAAGAUAAUAAAUGAGCUACUUUGUGAGCCAACAUUUAUGUGAUGUUAGGACAAAAUAGUCCAAAUUGUCUCUAGAAGGUAAAUUGCCAUAACCCAGAAAGAGGCCCUGGGAGCCAGCAUCAAUGCGAAGAAAUAGCCCAGCAGAGCGUGGCCAGAGGCCAGCAGAAGCAGACCCGCAGGACACAAACCCCAGGCUCUCAUGCUGUCCACACACAGUCUCCAGUGUUUUUUGAGGAAGAUAAACUCUAGCAGUCAUUCAAAGGCGGACACACAAAUGGUCACAGGGCUGAAAGUAUCUCUGUGAGCUGGAGGACAGGGGCUCGGACUCACAGUUAGGAAUAGAAAACUGGGUGUGUGUUUCUGCGUGGACCACAGAGCCGCAGUGUGCUGUGACUAGCCAAUGUGAAUCUCCACCAAAUACUAGAACAUGCCACUUGCAGCCAGAAAGAACUGAAAACAAAAUUACUGCGUGACAAUAAACACUCAGCUUUCCCUACUGAAAGCACUACUAGGUGGGAGGAGGUGUGGACGGGGUGGAGGGGCUGGGGCAGGGUGGAGCCUCUGUGGCUGGUUGGAGAUGGAGUGCGGCCAGGACAGCUCCUGGCCCCACCCCGGGGGUCUCUGCUGCUCCCAAUGAGAGCUGCCCCGUGUGCAGUGACACUGGUGACCCCUGUCGGCUGCAUCUUCACACUAUGCAGUACAUGCUUUAAAAUUGACCUGCCAUGAGUGGGAAGAUGUAUCCAGUCUGAAGAUGACGUGUAUCUGUUUACAUCCAGGGUUCUGUGACACAUGUCCCCCGUCCCUCCCCCAUAGUCAGCUGCAGACUCGCCGAUUGCACUGGAUUAAGCUUUUCUUAGGUCGGGGACUGGCCCCUAGGCUGCUGCUGUGAACCCUUGUCCUCAGGCAGCUCCUCUCCCUGUCUCCGACUCCAGUGUGCCCAGGGGGUUGUGUUUCCAUCUUUUCCACGCUGUCCUACAGUCUGUACCAGCUCACCUGAGAAAAGCGUGGCGGUAGACACCAGGGGAACCUGCCUGGCUUAGUGGAGCACCUGUACCCACAACUGCUUUGGGUCUUGAAAUGAGUUAAUGAAGGUAGAGGAGCUUUCUCCCCUCUUCCCAAUGUCACAAAAGUGUCCAUCCUUUGGGACAAGUAGGCUGCCUGAACCAUUUAAGUAGAUCUUUCAGAGGAGAGACCCCGAGAGUUUGAGAGCCCCUAGACCAGCCCCUCCCUCCCCUUCCCCCCUCACACAGUGUUGGACAGGAGGAGGCGGAGCAGAUACUUGGGCUUUCAGAGGAGGCAGCUGGGCAUUUUGCACUAGGAAGAAUCAGUGAUCACUUUUCAGAAGACUUAUAUGGACCACAAAUAUAUUAUGGAGCAACAGAUUUUUAAGACAUAAUCUAGUUUUAUAACUCAAUCAUGGAUAAACCAUAUGUGACUAACUUAUCAUUUAAAGGGGUCCCAUCAGUGAAAAGAAAGUUUUUUUUAACUGACUGCUAUUCGUUAAAUUGAAGAAAGUCAUCUCUUAUCAAAAGGUUUAAACUUUCCCACCACGAUCUUAAAAGCAUGUCAAACAAUCCACAUCAGAUGCCAUAAAUAUGAACUGCAAAGGAAAAUGGUACAAUCUUAGGGAAUGGAAUUGGAAUCAAAAGGGUUUGCUGUCCUUAGAAUGUUCUAAAAUGUCAAGGCAGUUGCUUGUGUUUAACUGUGAACAAAUAAAAAUUUAUUGUUUUGCACUA